CACGCGAGGGCCGCGACGCGACGCGCUCACAUAGUUUUUUUUUUUUGAUCUCAAACGAGUGCACAGUGUACGGUGUUCGUUUUGCAAAACGGAGAAAAUGUCAUCCGUUCGUAUGGCGUAACACCUAGCGGAGCCAGCCUCAGUGCCGACAUCCUGCGUGUCCCGAAUCCCUUUCGACGGACCUGUCACCCCUCCAAUCGGCGUACGGUCGUCCCCUUUCACUCGUCCGAGUUCAAUAGCCAACACAGAAAUAGAAGUCUUUAUGUUUUUGGCGGCGAUUUUCCGAAUACGUUGACGUCGAAACGUUGGCUGAUUGUUUUCGUCACCGUCACCCCGCAAAAUGAGUGCGACCGUCAACAAACGAAAAUGAACGUCUUGUCGAGCCCCCAUACGUAAUAGUGCUUCACAAACUCACACUCAGUCAUGGUGAUUGCAAACGGUUUUCUACCCUUCACACUUGGGCUGCUGCUGCUGAUCGAGAAUGAAGCCAAGGAGGCGAGGAAAACAGAUCCGGACGCGACAUACUCGAGAGCGGACCUGAGUGCGGGCGUACCGCAGUACGUCGACCAUGAUAAACAAAUUCGUCCAUUAUUUAGCAAUAUAAAUGACCUAAUCGAAAGUGACUGGUACGGUGGCGGGCACGCUAGAACGAGGAGAAAAACGCCGGAACGCAGCUUCGCCAGCAUCAGGAAGAAGCUGAACGAGGAAAAGAGGCGCGAGGAGAUGAUGGCAUCGGACGCCAAUCCUAGGAUGGAGCCAAACUACACAGCUGUACCGAAGAGUAUGGACUUCGACGACAUGAACAAAGAGCAAAUGUACAACAAGGAGAUGGACAAGAUCCACUUGCUGAAGAUACAACAGCAAAUUGAUCGUGAAAGGGAGCAGGAGAGGAGCGGAAUCGAUUGCGAUUUCGAAACCGAUUGCACGUGGACGUGGCGCAAAGAUAUCGCCCAUGGAUUUUUCAUCACAUCAGCAAACAAACUAGAGCCGAACGUCACCAACAUUCACGCCGAUGCAUCCAACAACACACACGGAAACUUUUUGAUAAUACGACUCCCACCGGCGUCUACUGUGUUCCAUCUGACUAGUCCGUCGUUUCAACCCAGCAUAUCGACUUGCAAAUUGGACUUUUGGCUCUACCAGGAACACAUGGAAGGUGGAGAAAUUCGAAUUGUUGGAGAUAAAUUCAAUAAUCAUUCUCAGUCUAUUAACAACCACACGCAAUGGCUCGUUGGUACGAUAUCCGGCAAUAACCAUGGAAAGUGGAAAUUAUACUCGAAGUCUAUUGGAAAAAUAUCCGGAAAAUUUAGCAUCAUUCUGGAAGUAGUUCCGGCCACUCCAAACAAACAAGGUGCCACUGUCGCUAUAGACAACAUCAGACUGUCUGAUUGCUAUACAAAAUACGACGGUACUUGUUCCCCAUUGCAGUACCAAUGCAAAUCCAUGACCCCAAAUUGCAUUAACACCACCAGUAUUUGCGACAUAACUAAAGACUGUGAAAGCGGUGACGACGAAGAACAAAAUUGCGAUUUGAUGCCGUUUGGAGCUAGAUGCACCUUCGAAGAUGGUUGGUGCGGUUGGCACAACUACAAUCAGAAAAUUCUAUCGUGGACCAGACACAAUGGGUCAGGACCUACUAACUACACGGGUCCGAAUUUCGAUCAUACGCAUAAGAACGUAACUGGCAAGUAUCUGUAUGUGCACAUGUUGACCGAGGGUGCGGCAUUGGCAAGUGCCGCCACUUUAAAGAGUGUGGUCUUUAAUCCGCCACCGAAAAUUCACGGCAACAAGACAUCGAGAUAUUACAAUUCCUGUGCUAUACGGUUUUACUUGCACAAACACGGGAAACACAAGAGUGCUAUUUUAUUACAAGUAACUGAGCUAAGACCAAACGAGAAUCAUACCACGGAGUUGCUUUGGAGUUACCGAGAUGAUCAUGGAGAUCAGUGGGUAAGACAGGUGGUAAUUGUGCCCAAUAUAACAUACAGAUAUUACAUCAGCAUCAUAGCGAGAAAAGGUAUAAGUUUCUUGAGUGAUAUUGCAAUAGACGACAUAUCACUUAGUCCUGAGUGUUUCGGCCUCAACAUCCCUCCUUCAGAACUGAAUGGUUACAAUUAUUAUAAUCCUAUAGAGUUACAAAAAGCCAAUAAAGAACCCCAUAAAGAUUUCCUCAACGUAACAACUUACAAAUUGACCAGUUGCAAUGCCAAAGGAAGAUUCGGACCCAAUUCCGAUCAAUGUGCCAAAGCUUAUAAUGGUACGAAUGUCAAAAUUAAAGUAGUUCAUGAGGCUGGCCUUACUGGUGUUCAAAAAUGGUUGGCGCCAUUCGAUGGAUUUUAUACAUUCAUUUUGGCCGGUGCAAGUGGUGGUAAAGGAAGUACCGGCGAAGGAUCAUCUAGGGGCGCCACAAUUAGAACCGUCGUUGAACUGAGGAAGAAUCAAGAGGUAUUCAUACUGGUAGGACAAGAAGGCAAUAGUGCUUGUGUUAAGAGCUUGGUACACCGUGGCAAUUCCACUUGUUUAUCAGACCAGAAUAACACGGCUACUGGUAUAAGAGGUGUUUUGUACAUGAACAUUAUUGAUAGUGGAGGAGGUGGUGGAGGAGGAACAUUUAUUUUUAUGAAAAAUCGCACGAAAGAAAAAAUUCCACUUGCUAUAGCAGCAGGUGGAGGUGGCUUGGGUUUGGGAAAAUUCAUAGACAACGAAGUGCAACACGGUCAAGGUAUUGAUAGAUCCAGACUGCCGGUAACUGGUAGAAUGUACGGCAUAAAAUCAUCUGGUGCUGGAGGUGGAUGGCGAAUGUUUGAAGGUUUAAUCGAUCCUUCCCACAAACAAGUAAUGGGUAGCUCCUUAACUACAGGUGGCGGUAUCGGAGGCAAAGCUUGUUAUAAUUCCACCGAUGAAAGGGGAGACGGAGGCUUUGGAGGUGGUGGUGGUGGAUGUAGAAAUGGUGGAGGUGGUGGAGGUUACGCAGGAGGAAACGCUUCCUCCACCAACUCGACAAACGGUGAAGGGGGAUACUCCUACUUCGAUAGGUCAAAAACCAUUUCAAACCUUACGGAAGUUUUGCCUGGGUAUAAUUCUGGAGCAGGCUAUGUUUUAAUCAUUCCCUCAAUCCAUGGCUGCGACUGCGAUUACAGAUGUGUCGCCUUAGAUGCUCGAAAAUCCGAAAUAUCUUGCAUUUGUCCUAGGAACUGGAAACUUGAUGAAGACAAAAAGACUUGCAUCCCGUUAAAUGUAAUUGAGGAUACAUACCCAACGUGGUUCGUAAUAAGCCUGAUUGCCGCCGUGUUGUGUUUGGCUAUGGCCUUUGGAAUGGUUUGCUUCUUUUUGUACAAUAGAUAUCAACACCGGGCAACCGGCAUGUUGAGAAGAAAGAUGCUGUCCGGAGCCGAUCUUCAAUUAGACCGAUUGAGAGUUACUUCAGACAGCAUGAUGACUGAAUACAAUCCCAAUUAUGAAUUUGGAGGAGUUGUUUAUACCUUAAAAGAUCUAAAAGAUAUUCCGAGGGACCAACUUCGAUUAGUCAAGGCGUUGGGUCAGGGUGCAUUCGGAGAAGUUUACCAAGGUUUCUACAGACAAAGACCUUGCGAUACGGUAGAAAUGCCGGUGGCAGUGAAAACACUGCCGGAAAUGUCGACGUCUCAAGCGGAAAUGGACUUCCUGAUGGAAGCGUUGAUCAUGUCCAAAUUCAAUCAUCCCAACAUAGUUCACUUCAUCGGCGUGUGUUUCGACAAGCAUCCGAGAUUUAUAGUUUUGGAAUUGCUGAUUGGCGGAGAUUUGAAGAACUUUCUCAGAGAAUCUAGACCAAAACCUGAGAGAGGUAGUACAUUGACAAUGAAGGACUUGGUGCUGAUAGCGGUGGACGUGGCUAAAGGUUGCAAAUACUUGGAAGAUAACAGAUUCAUUCACAGAGACAUUGCGGCGAGGAAUUGCUUACUGACGACGAAAGGUCCCGGAAGGGUGGUCAAAAUUGCUGACUUUGGCAUGUCGAGGGACGUUUACAGGUCAGAUUAUUACAGAAAAGGGGGCAAGGCGAUGUUACCUAUUAAGUGGAUGCCACCUGAAGCUUUCCUCGACGGAAUUUUCACCAGUAAGACUGACGUUUGGUCUUUUGGUGUUUUACUUUGGGAAAUCAUGUCUAUGGGAUACAUGCCCUACACCGGUUGCGCCAACAGGGAAGUCAUGCAAUUGGUAACGAGCGGAGGAAGAUUAGAUCCACCGGCAAAUUGUCCAGGACCAAUUUAUGGAAUCAUGACGCAAUGUUGGCAUCCUGCCCCGGAGCAGAGACCCACGUUCUCGACGAUUUUGGAAAGACUGGGUUAUUGCAUGCAAGAUCCUCAAGUCAUGAACGCGCCUUUGCCCGUAUUUCAUCGUCCACCAUCCAACGAAAGGGACACCACCUUGAUGAGACCUGCCACCUCAGAUGAGAAUUGUUUACAGGUGGUGCCUACAUCAUCUGAUUACUUAAUACCGAAUCACAUGACUCCUCCCGGUAACCAGAUCGAAUCAACCUCGUCCGUUGAAAAGUUACUGCCUGACAACUCCGAUAAUUGGGAGACAUCAUUCAUCAUGCCCCAUUCUAGAUCUACGCAGCCACUGCUUAUGGAUACCACCAAAGACGAUGAAGGCGCCACCUCCGUGGAUAAACUGUUAACAAUCGACAAUACUUCGAAUGCGAAAGUGUCACCGAUCUCGCUGCCCAAUCACAUAUUAGGAAAUCACAACAACAAUCUUAAAGCGGAUUCUAGUUUGAAAUCUGGAAUCUCGUUGGACGCCGGGGCACUGGUGAAGUCCAUGAACACUCCAACUCAAAAGAAGUACGCAAACGUCAAUGCCGGUGAUAAUGUAACUGGUAAUGGUGUCUUAUCGAAUGGUCCAUUCCCAUCGGCAAACCAGAAUACCUAUGUCAGCACCGGAAGCAACUCGAAAUUCCUGAACGAAAAUGAAAUUAACUGUUAGGUUGUGAUUAACAAUAUUUUAUGAUAUUUAAAACAAAAAAUUUAUAAAAAACACAUUGAAGGUGGCAUAUCCUAAUACCGUUUACUUUUAAUGGAAUUAAUUCAAGAUUAGAUGUAACAACUGUUUAUAUAUAUUUUAGAUAUUUUUCAUAUACAAUGUUCCAUAAAAUUAUAUUGUUGCAAAACGAGCUAUGGCUAAUUUUUUGAAGUUUUUUUAGCCAAAGCGUUCGAUUACUGCUCAUGAAAAUUCGGUUGUGUUUGAAGGAAUUUAAGAAAAUUAUUUACCUUUCUAUUUACACGAUAGUUUUACAAUUCAUAUCCAUCUUCAACAAAAAAAAAACCUUUAAUAUUCUCAAGUUUGAUAUAACUCACGGUUAAUUGGAUAACUUUGUAACAAGAAUAGUAAUUGUUUUUUUUCAAAAUUUAGGUGGAUGUAAAUUUGCGCACUAAGAAUUUUCUAUGAAAUUUACUUAUUUCCUAAUUUUACUUGGAAAACAUGGUACGUACAUAAUUAGAGCUAGGUUGGCAUCUGUCUGUAUGUAUCUAUAUACAGGGUAGUUCGCUGUUUUGUAAUAUACCCAGGGCGCCCUGUACUCUUCAUUGUGUCCUGAUACUCAAUACGGUCGUUCCCGAUUUUACUUGGUCACUGACAAAAGCUUAAAAUCUUCAGUUUUUGCGUUUCGGUUGUGUCGAUUCGAAUCAGAGAAAACCCCAGUUUUGGCCAGGUAAAAUGGAUUCAAUCGUGUUCACGUAGAAUAAUCUUAUAGGUAUAUUAAUCUUACACGUGUACGGCAUCAAUACAAAAACAAAAUGGAGAGUUAAUGGUUAUUAAUACAGGGUGGGUGUGUAUUAUUGUUUUAAUCAGUCGAACACAAGUUGUUAAUGAUACGCAAAUUUAUUUUGUAUAUGGGUGUUGUGAAUGAACAUGGUUUAUUUGAACUGGCUGAUGAGUUACCACUUUGCCGUUAACCGGAUAAAAAGACAAUUGAUUGUGAGACAAAAUCUGAUCUUACCAAAGAGAAAAGACAAAUUUUUAACUUUUAAGAGCUUAAAAUUAUUUGAGCAAUAAUUCAUUUUUGUAAAAUUUGUGAUAGAAAAUAAUAUGGCAAUGAAUAAUACAUUUGCUGGUUUGAAUAAAUCCUAUUGUUGUAUUUAUAAAAAAAAAUCAAAGUGAAAAGCCGAGUUAUCUUUUUGUAUUGGUGCUUAUAUUUUACAAAAUAAAAAUGUAUAUAAAUUAUUCUUGACUGAGUGUUGAGUGUGAGUCGAUGUGUGAGAAACCUGAAGUAUUUUAUACAUGUGCCAAUAGUGUGUAAUUUUUUUAAUAAGGUGACAUACAUAAUAUACCUAAUGGUUACGAACCAUAUAACAGUAACAACCAGGAUUUCCUUAGGGAGGUUUCGUAAAAAAUUGCACCGACGCUUAUUAAUGACAGGUUUAUGCAUUGUGUAGAUACCUAUUAAAUUGAAAUGAGUAUCGAAUAGUAGUUUGUUGAUAAAUUUUUGAUAAUAUUUAAAGUUUAUUGUUACAGUUUCCUUAUUAAUUGUAAGCAUAACAUUGCAAAACAACAUUACUACUUAUUUGAGAGCGAUGAUUUGAUGAUUAAGAUAAGCGAUUAGCCUAGACGCAAUAGAGAAGCGACUAAUCAACUAAAUGAAAUAUAUAUUACAUUUAAUUAUGGUAUAAACGAGGUGUUACGUUAUCGCUGCACGCACGUGAGUUUACGUGUUAUUAAUAUUUUAGCGAGAUGAUUUUACCUUUAAUUAAUUGCGUUAUUAAGGAACACAGUACGUGAACAAACUAUUUGCGUAUUAAAAAAUUCUUUAAAUUCACAGAGAUAUUCGUACGAACCGAUAACUUUGCGUCUGCACCACAUUUCGUAUCAGCAAGGUCAAGAACCGAUUUAAUUUUUAUGAUUUCUAGUUCAUUCAUAAUACUAUAGACAAGUAGAGAUUAACAUCAGUAAGUAAGUUUCUAAAUUUUGCAGAUGGGGAUUGUUAUUAAUGUGUAUGCCCACCCUAUAAACAACAAAAUCACAUCUGUCUUCUAAAAUUUAUGCGUUGGUCCACUCGGAUGGAUGAAAACGAGGAAAUGAAAGACCGUACUCUUCCAAACAUGCCACCCAUUGUUUCUCAAUUGUGUGUAUCACCGUAAACCAAAGAUAAUACAAUAAAGGAAACUUAAGAAUAUGUAAAAUAUGUUAUAAUUAUUAAUUUAUAUUAAACAUUCCCAUUUCGAAUUGAGUUGUGAGUGAGUGUUUGUUUAAUUUUACAUGUUAAAUGUUGUUUGACAUAUAGUUAGUUUAGACAAAAAUGCUCAAAUAAAUAAAUUUGUUGUGAAGUUUAUUACAUGGUUAAUUGUUGCAUAACUUGUUAAAAAUGUUCUUGUUAAAAACGGUUGUGAAAAGUUGACGGUUAACAAUAAUAUUUAAUACGUAAACACAAUUUGGAAACAGUGGGUUUAUAAUUUUUGUGUAUAACCUGUCUUCCAAAAACAUAGACGUAGUGAACGUUUUAAUUAUUUCUUAGGCCUUAGUUAUAAGGAAAACUCUCACAUAAGUAAUAAUACAGGCAAUGAAAUUGUUAUUUAAAAUGAAUAGAAUAUAAGAUUUAUUAUUUGUAAAUGAGCUUCAAGCACUUGUUUAUUUAUGUUAAUUGUUGAUUUUGAUUUUUAUUAAAGACGUUUAACCAAAGCAGGUAAUUUCUGCUGGGAAUGUGUAAAAUUAAUAAAAAAUUAAUCCAGUAUGUACUGUGUACACGAGGUAUUAAUAAAGUUAUCUACACAAAUGAUAUAACCUGAUAACCCGCGUUACGAUAUGAUACAUAUUAUAGGCUUUUUAAUUAUGAUUUUAUGGUGUUUUACGAUAAGUAAUUUGUAUAAGUAUGUAAACUUUAAGAAGGUUGUGUAUUUAACGCCAAUCACUUCGCCCUUGUAAACCUAAUAAAACAAAUUAGCUCAACGACAAUGGUUUGUAUUUUUGGAACAAUAAUACUAGGUUGUGCUGACAAAAUUGUUUAAAACAUACAGAUUUAGGUUCUCAUAUGUUAUUUGUGCCAAUUCCAAUUUUGUCCGUAUGUGAUUUGUGCUAGUCUCCACGCAAAACUAGAAUUAGUAAAAAUAGAUGAGAGGUAGAUUGUUUUUACCUAAGAAAAAAUAAAAAUAAUGCUUUAAGUAAUUUUAAGAUUUGUAAAUACUAUAAAUGUAAUGACAAAAAAACACUGAACCUUGAAACAGAUCCAAUAACAACCAUUUAAUCAAGUAUCAUACGAUGCUAAACUAUCAUGAUUAGUAAAAUCUCACUUUUUCUUUGUUGAAUCUGUUCCGGGCUCAUAGAACCGCUGGCUGAAGUCUGUCUCGGACCUGCUUUCAUUUCUUUGCCUUGGUGUAAAUAUUCCUUGAAUAAUUGAGGGAUGCAAACAAAACGACGUGUAAUGUAGUUAUUAAUUAAAAUAAGACUGGAUCCUUAGUAUUUAUUGGAAUGUGGCAGACUUUAAGGCAUGUGGACUUCGAGAAUGUACUCAAAAGAUGUUUGAUAAUAGAGUAUGUUAUGUGGAUUUUACAAAAAGGCGUUGUUUUUGGUAUAAAAUGUACAAAUCAUACUGUAUUCUGUAACAUAACACAAGAAAUAUAUAGGUGUUACGAAAA